AUGGCUACUGAAACAAAGAUUCGUGAUGUUAUCUGCCUGAAAGGUUCAGCACAAAUUGUUCAGGAAUUCUUCCACUUUGGGCUUAAUAGUAUUCUGUAUCAGCGCGGCAUAUACCCUGCCGAAUCUUUUGCAAAGGAGAAGAAGUAUGGGUUAACUAUGCUAGUUACUACAAAUCCCGCGCUGCAGAAAUUCUUAACACCACUACUUGACCGAGUAAAAUAUUGGUUAGAAAACAAGCAGCUGAGGAAACUCGUUUUGGUGAUAUCGGACAUUCAAACUAAAAAUAUAUUGGAACGUUGGCAAUUUGACAUCCAGACAGACGAAACUGUAGAUCUUACUGGUGAAAAUUCGGUCAAGUACAAAGAUAUAAAAAAGAUUAGGCAGGAGAUAGCAGAUGUGAUCAGACAAAUAACAGCCACUGUAACAUUUUUACCGUUACUAGAAACUCAGUGUUCAUUUGAUGUGCUCACUUAUACGGGUAAAGAAACAGAUACGCCGGAGGAUUGGACUGAAUGUAGUGCUUGUCUUAUCAGUGAUGCAGAAGAAGUGCAGUUGCGCUCUUUUUCAACUGCUGUACAUUCAGUUCAUACAAAAGUUUCUUACAAAUCUAUUUCUUAA